CGGCGCAAGAGUUUUGAUACAACGAGAAGGAGGUCGGAGAGAACAGGCAUUGAAGUUGGUGCGUUUCUACCAAGACGUGGAUUACAUCUAAAGGAAUGGAUUUGUCGACUUUCCACUUCUGUUAUCUUCUGACAGUACUCCUCACCGGCACCAGCCAUGGGCUGGACAUCAUCUCCACGGCCCCGACGACGGUGGAGAAGGCGAGCGGGGAGAGCGUGAAGCUGGACUGCCAGUUCACCCUGGCCCCCGAGGACUACGGCUCGCUAGACAUCGAGUGGACCCUGCAGCCCUCCGACGCCCAGGGAGAGGAGAAAGUGGUGAUCCUGUACUCAGGGGACCGGCCGUAUGAGAACUACUACCCUCCGCUGAAGGACCGCGUCCACUUCUUCUCCUCGGACCCCAAGACCGGAGACGCCUCCAUCAACCUGCUGGCGCUCAAGUCGGCCGACACAGGCACCUACCAGUGCAAGGUCAAGAAGGUGCCGGGCAUACGCAGCCGCAAGGUGGUGCUCAGAGUCAUGGUGGCCCCGUCUAAGCCGCGUUGCUCCUCGGAGGGUUCCUCUGAGGUGGGUAAGGACGUGGUGCUGCGCUGUGCCUCCAGCGACGGCACCAGCCCCAUCAACUACGACUGGGAGAGGACCACGGGCACCAAGCUGCUGCCCGCCUCCGCCGUCACGGACGGUAUUAGCGGCUCCCUCACCAUCCGGAACGCUAGCGAAGCCUUCUCCGGAAUGUACCGCUGCACGGCCAAGAACCCCGUGGGCAAACAGGACUGUGCCAUAGAGCUCAGCAUCAUCCCUCCGCGUAACAUGGGGGGCAUCAUAGCGGCGUCGAUCAUCUGCGUGCUGCUGGCCCUGAUCAUCAUUGCCAUAAUCCUCUUCUGCUGCUGCCGCGCUCGCAACCGCAAGAAGUACGAGAAGGAGAUCUCCUAUGAGAUCAGAGAGGACGUGCCCCCUCCCAAGAGCCGGGUCUCCACGGCGCGCAGCUUCACCAGCGUGGGCAGCCAGCGCUCCUCGCUGGGCUCCAUGUCGCCCUCCAACCUGCACGAGUACGCCACCCACAACAGCAAGUCGCAGUACGACAAGAUCCCCUCGGAGGAGUACGAGAGGCCCCCCAGCCACGCGCCCCUGCCGCCCCCCGUGGGGCCCAAGCCCAUGGGCCCCAACCUCAGCCGCAUGGGGGCCAUCCCCGUCAUGAUCCCCGCCCAGAACCGGGACGGCAGCAUCGUCUAGCACCGUCUAGCAUCGCAACUCUCCUCUUCCUCCUUUCCUCCUCUCUUCCUCCCCUCCACUCAGACUCAAGUCACCAGAACAGAGAUGGCUAUAUCAGUCUAGCAUAGUCUCCUCUCCUCUCCUCUCCUCCAUCAAUAAGAUGGACCCUUCACCCACAACCCCCCCCCCCAUAAUCCUCAUCCAAAAUUGGUUGAUCAAAGUUGCUCUACCAAGCAACUCUCCUCUCCUCUCCUCCCCUCCUCCAAUUCUCCUGCUCUUCUCUCCCUACUGGACUUUUUACUGGCAGAACUGGGAAUUCUCCAACAUCCAGCAACUUUCCUUCUGUCUCCUGCCCUCGCCUAGACUCCUUAUUACCGUAGCAACGCCGGCCUCUCUGUGUGACUGCCUGUGUGUGUGUACAGUACGUAUGUGUAUAAUACUGUGUGCGUUUUGAUUGUGAUAGUUACCCCACUACGCACUGAACCCCCC